AUGGCGAUGCGCCAAAAGGGAGACGAAUCUCUAAAGGAUUAUGUGAUCUGGUUCAACCAAGCAAAACUCAUGGUUGAUAACCCGACCAAGGAGAUGGUUUAUGCCGCUCUUUACCAAGGAUUACGGGUGGAAGGGCCUCUCAUGUCCGAGAUUGCUCUCAAUCAUCCUGAGAAUCUGGCCGAUCUCACGGACGUGAUUGAGAAGUACGUAAAUCAAGAGAAAAUCCUUGCGGCUCUGAGGGAGUCCCAUAAACAAAAGAUUGCGGAGUCGAGUAAUCCCGGGAAGAAGGAAAAAGCCCGGAAGGAAGAAAAGUGGACCGAAACAAAAAAGGAGCCUACAAAGUAUUACCAGUUUUCCAUAGAUGAGUGGACUCCUCUGAACUCUCCAAUUAAUGAGGUGCUGAUGGAGAUCAAGAGGGACCCGCAAUACGAGAAGCCUUACCCGCUUCACAACAAAUACGGCCAGCCUCGGCAGAAUCAGGAGUCUCGCGAGCAUCAAGACAAAGAACCAAGACACAGAGAUCGCUCCCCUCAGAAGCACCUGGAAGUUCGCCGAGACAGAAGGAGGGAGGAACCCCUUCGGGAAGAGCCUCGACAGAAUAGAAGCAACAGCAGAGGCACACGGGGUCAUGACCCACGUAAUGAACCGGUUAUCGCCGAUAUCCGAACUAUAUCCGGGGGCUUCGGUGGAGGCAUAGAAAAGAGUGCAGAUAGAAAAGCCUAUGCUCGGCACCAGAAGUAUCAAGAGAUUAUGACUGUAGAGAGACCCCGCAAAUCACACCGAAGGGAGUCCAUGGUGGUGGGGUUUUCAGAUGAAGAUUAUGCGGGAGUCUCGCUCCCUCAUACCGACGCAAUCGUGGUCACGCUACAAGUAGCUAACCACCGAAUUCACCGAAUGUUUGUCGAUAACGGAAGCUCGGCCGAUAUCCUAUAUUGGUCGGCCUUUCAGCACAUGGAGAUUAGCCCGGAAAAGGUGAUCCUGGCUACCUGCCAUUUGGUGGGGUUUGCUGGGGAGCAAGUCUAA